AUGUCCAACCCUCCCACGCCUGCGCCCCCUAGGCGACGGUCAUCCUUUGCGUAUGACCCUGCUCGAGAUACUUUCAAAGAAUUACCAGACACCAUAGCUGAACAAGCCAUUGCUGAGGAUGCUGAAGAGGACGUAAAGACUACCGCUCUACCAACCUCAAGUCCGGCGGUAGGAGACGCAGCGGAUCUGUCCCGAAAGCGAAGGCGGUCGGAGUCGCUUGACGGGGAAGUGAAGCCUGAGUCUAAGGCCAAGAGACAGGACACCCAUGAGACACCCCCGGCAAAGAAAGCGCGCGCUUCCCUUUCACCUUCAAGACAAGACAAAUCUUCCCCCAGAGACUCUAUGAAUGGGACUCAUACCGAGAAACCAAAGCCCCGAACGCCAGCAGACCUUCCCCGUAUCCCACGCAAACCGAGAGAAGAAGGCGAAGUCUCCACAUCACGCCGGGUACCUGAUGCAUAUAGUCGACGACCGGACACUGACGACCGACGAGCAAGAGAGCGAAGGGACGCUCCUUCGAACCGACGAUCACGAUCCCCUCCUCGACGACGUUCUCCCUUGGACGCCUACCGUCGCCGGUCACCUCCACGAGAGCGCCGCAGAUCGCCCUCCCCGAUCCGUGACUCCCCACCACGAGAUAUAAUCCGUCCCGGCGGUGCUCGCGGUCGUGGUCGUAACGUGCUAGCUGAACAACAGCGCCUUGCCGCCGAACGCGAGCAGAAGCAGUCUGGGCUACAUGCUCAAAUCAACCGUGGUGUUCAAGAAGUCUCAAAUCAGUUCUACAACGCGCGGCCAGAGUGGGUGAAGGAGAGGGGACGAGAUUGGCGAAGGAAUGAAUCCCAAAUAAAGGGACUACGCAGUUUCAACAAUUGGAUCAAGUCCUGCCUCAUCCACAAAUUCAGCCCAGAGGAGAAGACUGAAGAGGAAGAAUUGGGCUGGGGCGAGGAAGCGAAGGCACCGGCAGCACAGAAGCCACUGCACGUACUCGACAUCGGAUGCGGUAAAGGAGGUGACUUGGGGAAGUGGCAGCUGGCUCCGCAAACUGUUGGACUGUACGUCGGUCUUGAUCCAGCGGAGACGAGCAUCCAACAAGCGCGUGAGCGAUACCAGCAGAUGCGGCGAGGUCGUCGUCCAAUUUUCGAGGCCCGCUUUGUCCCACAGGACUGUUUCGGUACUUGGAUUGGUGAUGUCGGCAUUAUUCGCGAAGUCGGCAUCGAUCCCAAUGCGGGCAAUGGGCAACCCAGUCGCUGGGGCGGUGGUGGGUUUGACGUUGUGACUUGUAUGUUCGCCAUGCACUACUCGUUCGAGUCCGAGGAGAAAGUACGCAUGAUGCUACGCAACGUGGCAGGGAGUUUGAAGAAAGGGGGACGAUUUAUCGGGGUGGUGCCCAACAGUGAUGUUUGUGCGGAGAAGAUCAGACAGUGGUUCAAGGCCAAGGAGAUGAAGAAGGCCCAGGAGAACGGCUCGCAUGAUGCCAACGCCGAGAAAGAAGACGGUGAGGCUGAUGAGGAAGGCCCUCAAUGGGGGAACUCCAUCUACAACGUCCGGUUCCCGGUCGACCCGCUGCGUCCCUUACAGCCAGAUGGAUCUUUUCGCCCACCCUUCAGCUGGAAAUACACCUAUUGGAUGGCCGAAGCCGUGGAUGUCCCCGAAUUCGUGGUACCCUGGGAAGCUUUCCGGGCGUUGGCCGAGCACUUCAACCUGGAGCAACGCUACAGAAAGCCGUUUUUGGAUAUUUGGCAGCAAGAGCAAGGCAAUCGCGAAUUGAUGGGUCUGGCGACGAGGAUGGGAGUGAUCAGGCAUGAAGGCGGGGAGAUGGUAUUGAGUGAGGAUGAAAAGGACGCAGUGGCCUUCUAUCAUGCCUUCUGCUUUGUGAAGGUGUAG